AUGGCCUCCGAACCUGUUCUGCAAAAGUUUUUCAAGAGUGAGCAAUAUGCCGACUCCUUCAAACGUGGAGAACUGGUCACCUAUGUCUUUGCCAAAAGUCUCGUUGAGCAGAGCAAGUUGAUCACAACGUCAAAAAUCCACCCCAACGCGCCUCUCGCGGUUCUAGACAAUGCCUGUGGCACCGGCGCUGUUUCAAGUAUCCUCAAUGAGACACUUGACGUCGAGACCAAAAAGCAUUGGAAGUUGACAUGUGGAGACAUCUCAUCCGCGGUACUCAAGUAUACAGAGCGCCGGAUGCAAGAUGAGAACUGGCAAAACUCAGAAACGAAACUCGUGGAUGCACAGAGCCCUCAAUUGCCCAGUGCUUUCUAUGAUUACGUCUUCACGGCCUUUGCUUACAUGGCACUUCCUCAAUCAAUCAGAGGUCUCGACGAGACCGUGCGAAUGUUAAAGCCAGGUGGAAGAAUUGCCUUUUCGACUUGGAUCGAGCCCGGCUGGAUGUCUGUUGCUAGGCGAGCCAUUCAGAGUAUGCCAGGUGAUCUACCAUUUCCCGAGUCUAAGGAUAUCUUAGCAAACCUAAGCGAUGGUGAAUGGCACUCUUUGACUUGGAUCAAGUCUCAGCUGGAGAAACGUGGAUUCGAAGACAUCGAAGUGCGCGCCGAAACAGCCAGCAUUGCUCUUCGAUCUUCGGUCUUCGUGGAUAUGAGCAUGUUGAUGCUCCCAAUGAUGAUAAAGUCUUUCUGGAGUGAGGAACAAAGAGAGGCAAACGAGCACAAGAUUCGUCCAGCGUUGGUGGCGUAUGUUGACGAAAAUUAUGGCAGUGACGGAGAGGUUGAAACGGACUGGGUAGCUAUCAUUUCAACUGGACGCAAAUCUAGAUAG